AUGGCCCAAGAAACAGUCCGUCCCGCCUUCGCCGGCCGCGAGCGCCCUCUCCUCUCCUACGGUAUCGCCUUUCCCGCUGCCGCCGCCCGCCAUGUUACCGAGACAUUCAACGCUUCGCGCGUCUACGUGAUUUGCUCGGGAUCCCUGGCCCGCAACACCGACUCACUUGACCGUUUGACGAGUGCGAUGGGGUCUGACAAGAUAGUCGGUCGCCGAAUUGGCAUGCAGAGCCACACACUGUGGUCCGAGGUCCUAGAGAUCGUCGAGGAGGCCCGCAACGUGCAGGCCGAUCUGCUAUUGACGCUGGGAGCGGGCAGUUUGACCGAUGGGGCGAAGAUUAUUGCACUGGCUCUCGCAAACGAUGUCCGGACUCCAGACGAUCUUGAGACCCUUGCCCAAGGGCCCAACAAGCGCGCAGAGAUCAAAGCACCCACUGUACCCAUCAUUUCGGUCCCGACUUCUCUUUCUGCCGGCGAGUACUCCAACUUUGCGGGUGGUACUGAGGACCGCUCUCGCCGCAAGUACAGCUUCCAGGCACCUUUGCGGGGUCCCGAGUUGAUCAUUCUCGACCCGGAGUUGGCAGAGUCUACGCCCGACCACAUAUGGCUCAGCACAGGCGUGCGCGCUGUUGACCACUGUGUCGAGACACUGUGCGCUAUUGUCGGCACAACACCAGAGUCAGACAGACUCGCACAGAACGCGCUAGGUUUGCUGGUUCCUGGUCUAUUGAACUGUAAGAAGAACCGUGCAGAUCGCGACGCACACUUGCAAUGUCAAUUGGGGUCAGUGGACGCGAUGGCAGCUUGCACGAGUGGUUCCGUGGAAUUGGGAGCUAGUCAUGGAAUUGGACAUCAACUUGGUCCCUUGGGUGUCGGACAUGGCGAAACAAGCUGCAUACUCCUGCCCGCCGUAUGCAAAUUUAACGCCAAAUACAACUCCAACCGCGAUCGCCAAGCGCGUGUACGCGAGUUCCUCAUACAAGACCCGGUGGUCUCAGAGGUUCUACGCGCCCGCAAUGUUAACAGCGAGACCGCAGACUUGGGCGACAUCCUCGAUGCCGUCAUCCGCGAAAUCGGUAUGCCUCGGUCUUUGAGUGACGUCAAGGUGGGCCGCGACAAGCUGGACGCGUUGGCUGCGCACAGUUUGCAUGACCGGUGGUGUCAGACCAAUCCUGUCCCGCUCAAGGAGAAGGAGCAGGUAUUAGAGAUCCUGGAGAUGGUGGUAUAA